UAUGGCAAGGGAGAGGCCACUGAGGUGACUCCAUCGUAUCCCCGGACUCUUAAGACUAGUAAGUGCAGGGUUGUCUUCCUACGUUACCUGGGCUCGCUUCUCUUGUAGCUAGAUCUGUUGCUGCUGGCGUUCGUAACGGUUUGCAGAGGUGGGAACUUUGGCUGGACUCAGAGAGGAGAUGAAUUGGAAGAGGAGGGUUAAGGCUGGGAAGAUGUUAAAGAAACGCAAUUGUCAUUUUUAAACCGAACGAAGGGCUCCUGUGUCUGCAGCGCAGAAAGCUAAACUCUGACUGGAAACCAUGCCCAAAUUCAAACAGCGAAGAAGAAAGCUAAAAGCCAAAGCGAAAAGAUUAUUCAAAAGAAAAGAAGCCUCUCACUUCCACUCUAAGCUAGUUACACCUCCUCCUCCGCCACCCUCACCAGAAAGAGCGGUUAUUCCUUCAACAGAUAUACCCAUUAGUAGAAGCUGGCUAAGACUCUCCUGGAACUUCAGAUUUCCCAGUUUUAAAAAUCCAAUAAAGCUUUGGACAAAUAGAGUAUGGUCUAUAUACAGCUGGUGCCAGAGCUGCAUGACCCAGAGUUUCGAAGUUUUAAAAAACACCAUCUUUCCAUCCCGUCUCUGCCACCAAGAACUUCGUAGUCUGAAACAACGGUUUUGCAUUUUGGAAAAUGAAGUAUGCAAGCUCCAGGAAGCACUGAAGGCCAUCUCAGAAAACUCCUCCUGUCCCAGCUGUGGUCAAGCGUGUCACACGGGUCCUGAGCGUCCAGAAGUGCCCACCGGUGCUCCAGCCAGCCCUGCAGACUCCGCAGCUCUCCGUCCUCCCUCCCCAGCGCAGCCAGCCAGUCGCCCUCCACCCCCUCCGCCCCCUCCGCCCCCUCCUCCUCCUCUGCCUCCACCCGCACCACCGACAGCGCCAUUGCUGCUCAGAAAAUCUGCUCUCACGAAAGCACUUCAGGCUGGACCAUUAAAAAAAAAUGGACCCAUGCAGAUAACAGUUAAAGAUCUACUGACUGUGAAAUUAAAGAAGACACAGAGUUUUGAUGAAAGGAGGAAGCUUGUACCAUCACCAAAGGCACAGAACCCACUGGUUACUGUCUCUGACCUGCAACGCGUUACCCUGAAACCGAAGUCCAAAGUGUUAUCAACUCGAGUUACAAAUGUCUUAAUUACUCCUGGUAAAAGUCAGUUAGAUCUACGGAAACUACUUAGAAAAGUCGAUGUGGAGAGGAGCCCAGGUGGAACCCCUCUUACUAAUAAAGAAAAUGUGGGAACAGGAACUGGCCUAACCCCGGUGAUGACCCGGGCCUUGAAGAGAAAAUUUCAGCUGGCUCACCCUAGAAGCCCAACUCAAACUCUGCCGGUUUCUACAAGCAGCUUUGAUGAACAAAACUGAUGCCCCCUCUGCCUGACUCCCAGCAAUGAUCCAUUAAAUGUACAGAUAAAAUGACCCCAAUCCUUUUGAAGUAUAAUAUGUAUAAAUAACUAUAUUAAUAUAUAAUUCAUUUGAAGAAUUAAAAUAUGUAUGGAGCCCAUGUAUACUGUAAUGAAAAGUGGAUAUUAGAAUACUUUCUAGUUUACAAGAUUAUUCACAGGACAGAUGGAAAAAUGUAAUCCCCAAAGUAAUGUUUAUCCUGGAAUUACUCAAUUUAAGUUAGGAAGGUUAUUCCAAUUUAACUAGAUAACUCUAAUUUGUGGUCUAUAGGUACAGUUAUGACAUUAAAAUAACCUGGUACCCAUUCACCUUGGGUAUUCUCAGGAAAUUAAAAAGCAAAAUAUUUCAUCCUGUAAAGCUCAUGCAUUCAUUAAGUGCUACUUAACCCAGAAAGACCCCCUAGAUUUUAUUUCUGUUCCCUAUAAGCAAUUAAGUAAGAUCAUCUCCCAUCCAAACCUAACUAUUCCAAAAGGAUUUGAAGCGAAAGGUCCAACGUAACCUUAAAAAUUAGAAUUUCAUUUCUAGUAUCAUAGGUAUGUAACAAUAUCAGGCCUACUGAAGUCUGGGAUAUUCCUUACUUUGAUAUCUGCUAUCCACAUUUGUACAGCUAAACAUAGACUUCAUGAAGACCUCUGCAUGAACCUUGGGUUUUCUACAGUGCCCCACCAGGGAUUCUCUGAGGUCCAUAGCAGAUUCACUGUGAGGCCUGAUUCUCUGUCCUCAAGCGCCUGUCGAUUCAAUAACAGUAGUUCUGCACAAUCACAGGAUUUUACUUUUUCCUGCCAAUUCAGGGUUGCCAGACUUAACAAAUAUAAAUACAUGCCUGCUAAGUCACUUCAGUCGUGUCCAGCUUUUUGUGACCCAGUGGACAUAGCC